AUGUGGGGCUCUUUUUUCUCGCGGCUUUCGCCGCAACUGUAUCUGCUGCUACUGAUGUCAUUGAGGCGAGUCUGGACCCAGGAGCACGUUGGAACUGCCCCUUCCACAUUCCCGGUGGCCCCCGAAUGCCCCGAGGCCUGUUGGUGUUCACUAGGAGGCAAGGCCAAUUGCUCCGGACUAGCGCUGCCUGCGGUACCAGAUGGCCUGAGCUGGCGCGUACGCUCACUGCUGCUAGAUCACAAUCGCGUGAGCGCACUGCCUCCAGGCGCGUUCGCCGAUGUGGGCGCGCUGCUAUACUUAGACCUGAGGGAGAACGGGCUUCGGUCGGUGCACGCACGAGCUUUCUGGGGUCUGGGAGUGUUACAAUGGCUGGACCUGAGCACCAACCAGCUGGAAACUCUGUCUCCCGGCACCUUCGCACCGCUGCGCGCGCUGAGUUUCCUUUCCCUAGCGAGUAACCGGCUGGCACUCCUGGAACCUUCCAUCCUGGGCCCGCUCCCAUUACUGCGCGUGCUCAGCCUGCAGGACAAUUCACUGUCUGCGCUCGAGGCGGGUUUGCUGAAUAGCCUGCCUGCACUCGAAGUGUUGCGCUUGCGAGGCAACCCCUGGGCGUGCAGCUGCGCUUUGCGCCCGCUUUGCACCUGGCUGCGCAAGCACCCGCGUCCCGCUUCAGAAACUGAGACCCUGCUCUGCGUGUCUCCAAGACGCCAGACGCUCAGCCUGCUGACAGCCUUUCCGGACGCCGCCUUCAGACACUGCGCUCAGUCACUCUCAGCGCGAGACCUGGCGGUGGUCUACGCUCUCGGGCCGGUCUCUUUCCUUGCUAGCCUGGGCAUCUGCCUGGCACUGGGCUCCGUGCUCACUGCCUGUGGUGCACGGCGCCGCCACCGCCGCCGCACCAGGGUGCGCCUCUUACUAAGGAGACAGCCAGACCCCGAGGGCCCAGCCUCCCUGGAGACCACUGGGAGCCCCGCAGCUGCACCUACCCAAGCCUAAAUGGGCUGCGGUUGUUUCCAGCGCUCCCGCAGUGCUCCGCACUUUGAAAACUCCCCAAAUCCCUGAUCCUCCCUUCACCCUUCCUGUAGGCGUCAACAAUAGACACAACCCGGAAAU